UUCAUUAAUCACUGCCCUUUCACUAGAUCUAAACCAAAUCACUGAUAAUCCUCCACUUUAAUUUUCCUAUUCCGUUCCAUGAGACCCCCCCACCCUUCAGCCCACCUCUAAACUCAACUCUCAUUGGAUCAAAUCCCCGCUCUGUUCCCAUUGGUCCAAAUUAACCGUAAUCUCCUAGAGAUUUCCCAGAUUUUCGGAAGAUUUCUCACUCAGUUAAAAACUCUCCUGGAGUAAGGUUGUGUGAACAAUAAAAUGGAAAAGCUCACUUCAGUGAGAUCUAAUAUGUACAGUAUAGAGCAGAUACUUGGACGGGCACGAAAGGAUUCGAAACCAGAUAUAAAAACUGAAAUCAAUAAUUACUCCGAAGAAUCCUUCGAAGAAGAGGAUCCUCGGUUCGGCGACGAUUCCUUGAGUAACGAGGAGCGCGAGCUCGAGGACGGCGACAAACCACGAAAAAUUCGAAGAUCUCGGACGACGUUCACGACGUUCCAACUCCACCAGCUGGAGAGGAGCUUCGAGAAGACCCAGUACCCGGACGUGUUCACCAGGGAGGAGCUCGCCCUGCGGCUAGAUCUUACAGAAGCUAGAGUUCAGGUUUGGUUUCAAAACAGACGAGCAAAGUGGAGAAAACGGGAGAAAGCGAUGGGACGUGAUUCUCCAAACUUUCUUCCUCCCGGAGCGGAUUCCUCUCCACCGGAGCAAUCCAACCUGUUCACCGGAGCCCUGGGACAACCCUUGACUCCGAUAUCUUUACCCUGGAGAGCUGGACACCCGCUCUUUCCUCCAUUCUUCCCUCACUAUCUUCUCCCCUCAUCUCUUCACUUUCUCAACUCUCAGAAACAUUUCCCAGGGCUCUUCUCUCCUCCCGUCCUAUCUUCUCCUCUAGUUCCAACCCCACCUCCAGUCUCUCCUCCGUCUAAUCUAGAUCAACACAGAUCAGCUCCGUCCUCCCCCACUCCUCCGUCCUCAUCUCCACCUCAACUAAAACCUCAAGAUUUAUCAAAACCUUCGGAUACCUUCGCUCAAUCUAGAGAAUCCUCUCCACUUAGUCACUCUUCUCAUUCUCCUUCUCAUUCGUCCCAUUCUCCGCAUCCUACAAUUCUUAACAUUCCGUUCAGAUAAUAAUUAACAGAGAUCUUUCAUCCUGCCUAACCCAGUGUGUUUAUUGUACCCGGAUUCAUCCAACCCGUCCCAUCUACCGUAGAGACCGGAGAAACUAACCUCAACCUUUUCUUCAUAUAGAUGUUAUUAGUUGUAAUUCCGCACAGUAUACAAAUUUAUCUAUUAUAUGUGGCACUUUCAGUGUUUUUCAGACGCAUAUUUAUGAUGAAUAUUGUUAAGAAAAAUUUAAAAUUA